AUGGACCCUUUAGCACAUCUGGUUCUCUAUGGAUUCAGCCUGAUGAUUUCAGGUAAAGUGGAAGCAGCACUGGACCUCAUACUGAUCAACUCAUUCCCUCUGGUGGGCAACUCAGAGACAUCACUCAUCUGUAUCACUUCCAAGUGGCGCUCCCGUGAGUCCAUCACAAUUGACCGGGACCACGAGGAUGUGACAAACCAGCACCGAGAGCCGCUGGACGUGAGUGAAGACUCAAAGAGAGCCACAGCCAAAAUGGUGGUGUGGAAAAGGGAACAGGCCAGCGAGACUAUUGGAGCAUACUACUGUGAAGGGAAGCUCAAGGAUGAGGUGACGAGGAUACACACCAUGAAGAUGCCGCUGGGAGCUUCAUUCCACCCUGUGGCCUUAACUGUUACAGCAAACAAGGGAGAGCAUGUGAAUAUUUCCUUCAUCAGAAUGGCAGCAAAAGAGGAAGAUGCAGUGAUCUACAAAAAUGGUUCCUUCAUUCACUCCGUGCCCAGGCACGAAGUGCCGGGCGAGCUGGAAGUCUCCUAUCCUCAUGUUCAACCACAGGAUGCAGGGGUUUACUCUGCCAGAUACAUAGGAGGAAACCUCUUUACUUCUGCUUACACAAGGCUUAUUGUAAGACGAUGUGAAGCUCAGAAAUGGGGCCCUUCCUGUAGCUCCCACUGCCCUUCCUGCAUGAACAAUGGCAUUUGUCAUGAAGAUACUGGGGAAUGCAUCUGUCCUCCAGGUUUUAUGGGAAAAACAUGUGAGAAAGCUUGUGGAGCCAAUACAUUUGGCAAAACAUGUGAAGAGAGCUGCAAAGAAAACCAUGGCUGCAAAAACUAUAUGUUCUGUCUGCCAGAUCCAUAUGGUUGUUCUUGUGCCACAGGAUGGAUGGGACUGGAAUGUGAUAAAGAGUGCAAACCUGGUUUUUAUGGGUCAGAUUGCAAACUCAGAUGUAAUUGUCACAAUCGAGGGACGUGCGACAGAUUUAAGGGCUGCGUCUGUUCCCUCGGAUGGCAUGGUCUGCAAUGUGAAAAAGAAGGUUCAGCAGAUCUUUCGCCUCAGAUAGAAAACUUAUUAGACCCUGUGGAACUCAAUUCUGGUGUCGAGUUCAAGCCUUUUUGUAUAGCUACUGGGAUGCCACUUCCUAAAUCUGAAGAAUUUAAGCUUUUGAAGCAAGAUGGAACUGUCCUAAGGCCUUCCUUAAUUGUCACCAGUAAUCGCUCUGAAGCUAUGUUUACAAUUAAUCGAGUCCAGCCCCGUGAUACAGGAACCUGGGUCUGCAGCGUGCAGACAGUAGCAGGAAUGGCUGAGAAGCCAUUUCAAGUUACAGUUAAAGUUCCUCCUGUGCCACAGUAUGCCCCACGGCUGACAGACAGUGGACAUAAUUUUCUCAUUAUUGAUAUCAAUGCUGAGUUACAUCUUGGAGAUGGACCUGUUGUGUCAACAAAACUCCUGUACAAGCCAGCAAAGCGUUAUCAGUCCUGGAUGUCUGUAGAAGUAAAAGGCACAACCAAAAGACUGGACAAUCUGGAACCUAAAACAGAGUAUCAGUUCUGUGUUCAGCUGAGUCGGCAAGGGGAAGGUGGGGAAGGCCAUCCCGGACCACAGGCUAGCUUCACAACAGCUGCACUUGGUCUUCCUCCACCAGAAGGUCUCACACUCCUUCCAAAAAGCACGACAUCGCUGAAUUUGUCAUGGCAUCCUUUAACUCUGAGGACAGAGGACGACAUUCGUGUUGAAGUGGAAAGGAAGAGCGUGAAUGACAAUGGUGACGAGAGCAGUGUUAUUACUCAAGUGCCAGGAAAUAUGUCCACACUGAUCAUUAAAGAUCUUGAGCCCAGACAGCAAUACAUGUGCAGGGUACGGGUGAACACCAGGUCCCAAGGAGAAUGGAGCAACUACCUGUAUGCGUGGACUUUCAGUGACAGAAUCCCUCCUGCACCAUACAACAUCAAGUUUUCUAACACCACUGACACAUCUUCAGUCAUCUCUUGGACAACUGCCGAGGGUCACUCCAUCUCCUCCAUCAUCAUCAGCUACAAAAUUUAUGGCAAGGCUGAGUACAACCACAUCGACAUUAUCAUUAAGAACACCACCAUUACUCAAUACCAUCUCAAGGGCCUCGAGCCAAACACUGUGUACCAGGUUCAGAUUAACGCUCAGAACAACAUCGGCUUGAGCAACCCAAACACAUCCUUUGAACUGAAGACUCUUCCAGAAACUAAAGCUCCAUAUGAAUCGAAAGGAGGCAAAAUGCUGCUUAUUGCUAUCCUUGGCUCUGCAGGGAUGACCUGCGUAACAAUUCUCCUGGCCUUUCUCAUCAUGCUGCAGUUAAAGAGAGCCAACUUCCAGCGCAGAAUGGCUCAGGCUUUCCAAAAUGUGGUGAGGGAAGAGCCAGCUGUACAGUUUAACUCGGGUACUCUCACUCUGAGCAGGAAAGCCAAAAACAGCCCAGAUCCCACCAUUUAUCCAGUUCUUGAGUGGAAUGACAUCAAAUUUCAAGAUGUGAUCGGGGAAGGUAACUUUGGACAAGUCUUGAAAGCACGAAUUAAGAAGGAUGGCUUACGCAUGGACGCUGCGAUUAAAAGGAUGAAAGAGUAUGCCUCAAAAGAUGACCACAGAGACUUUGCUGGAGAACUUGAAGUCCUUUGUAAACUUGGUCAUCAUCCCAACAUCAUAAAUCUUCUGGGAGCAUGUGAACAUCGGGGAUAUCUUUACCUUGCCAUCGAAUAUGCCCCCCACGGAAAUUUACUGGACUUCCUUCGGAAAAGCAGAGUGCUAGAGACAGACCCAGCAUUUGCCAUUGCCAACAGUACUGCAUCUACACUUUCCUCUCAGCAACUUCUCCAUUUUGCAGCAGAUGUCGCUAGAGGGAUGGACUACCUGAGCCAGAAACAGUUUAUUCAUCGAGAUUUGGCAGCAAGAAACAUCUUGGUUGGAGAAAACUAUGUUGCAAAAAUAGCUGACUUUGGCUUAUCCAGAGGUCAAGAAGUUUAUGUUAAGAAGACCAUGGGACGGCUUCCAGUGAGAUGGAUGGCAAUUGAAUCUUUGAAUUACAGUGUUUACACCACUAAUAGUGAUGUAUGGUCAUAUGGUGUCCUGUUAUGGGAAAUUGUUAGCUUAGGUGGAACACCAUAUUGUGGAAUGACAUGUGCAGAACUCUAUGAAAAAUUGCCUCAAGGGUACAGACUGGAAAAGCCUCUCAACUGUGAUGAUGAAGUGUAUGACCUAAUGAGACAGUGCUGGAGAGAGAAACCAUAUGAAAGACCAUCAUUUGCUCAGAUAUUGGUGUCACUGAACAGGAUGUUAGAAGAAAGAAAGACCUAUGUGAACACUACCCUAUACGAGAAGUUUACCUAUGCAGGCAUUGACUGCUCCGCUGAAGAAGCUGCUUAA